UUUACAGUCACCAACAUAAAAAAGGAGUAGAUCAACAUAAGCUUGAUAUUGAUUUGUUUAUUAUUUAUUCAUCAGACUUGGACAGUCAAACACUGAUCUCAUGUUUUUACUUGUGUUAUUUUAAUCCUCCAAAUAUAUCCUGAUGUGUCUGCCCCUGUUAAAUGAAGGGAAGUGUUCAUAUAAUUGUAAUUGUCAUCAUUUUAUUCACUUUUAUACCCCUGACACUGUAUUUGGUUGAUAAUUUUGUUCACUGAAUGGAGCGUUAGAUUAGAAUGGCUGGAACAGAACUCACUGAUGUCACAGUUUAUAGAAAACUGUGUAUGUAAAGAAUCUUGAAUGUGGAAACCAUUUCACCAAACUGACAGAAAGUGAAGCAUCAAGGAGAGAAACAUUUUCAACAUAAUCUUUUGUACAACAUUUCAACAACAAUUUUCAAUUAGCUCAGAGGAUGUCUCUAGCAAGUGACAUAUCAGAUGACUUUUGGACAUUCACAGACAUCUUGCUGGGCUCCACCCACAGGAUCCAGACAUUCCUUGCUGAAGGUGGCUUUGGCUAUGUUGCCAAAUGCGAGGACACCAGAACCAAGAAAUCGGUGGCUGUUAAAAUAAGCAAAAACCACCCCACAGUCUUCCAUCAGGCCCAGAAAGAGCUGGCUAUCCUGAAGAGCCUGCAGACUUUAGAUCCAGACAAAUGCAAUAUUAUAAGAUGGAACGGCUCUUUCCUCCAUGAAGAGCGCAUUUGUUUAGAAUUUGAACUUCUGGACCAGAGUUUAUUUGACUUCAUGGAACAAAGAUGCAACCAGCCUUUGCCCAUAAAGGAGCUACGGCCAGUUGUUCACCAGUUGACCACAGCAUUAACUCAUCUGGAAACAGUUGGAGUCAUACAUGCUGAUAUAAAGCCAGAAAACAUUAUGAUAGUGAACCGGCAUCAGCAGCCGCUGAGUGUAAAACUAAUAGACUUUGGCAUUGCCUGCCGCACGUCUGCUGCUGGGCCUAAGUCCUGUGUACAGACUCUGUGGUACAGGGCUCCAGAAGUCAUUCUGGGCCUGGCUGUCUCAGAAGCUAUUGACAUCUGGUCUCUGGGACUAGUGGCUGUGGAGCUUGCUCUUGGCUGUCCCUUGUAUCCUGCAGAGCAAGAAUAUGACCUGAUGAAAUUCAUUGUGGAGACACAGGGUCAACCAGCAGAACAUCUGCUUAACUGUGGAUCAAGAAGCACAAGUUUCUUCCACAAAACGAGUGAGCAACCCUGGAGAUUUAAGUCUCCCGAGGAGUUUGCUGCUGAGACUGGCUACCACUGUGAAGAGACUAGAUUCUUCACGCUUAGCUCUUUGGAUGACAUUGAGCAAAUGGCUGCUAGGCUGAUGUUAAGAGACAUGGAAGAGCAAAAUGAGCUGCAAAACCUGACUGAGCUGGUGAAGAAGAUGCUGCAACUAGAUGCUCAUAAGCGCAUCAAACCCGCAGAAGUGCUGCAGCAUUCUUUUUUCUGUGCUGACCAGCUAACUGAUAGCAAUGUCGACUCCUGCUCGUUAAUGCAGACCCUGACCACAGAGAUUGCUGAGCCACAGAUCAGCCUGCAGUGUUCCUCCCCAGACGCAGCAGGAGACCGUGUUGCAUCUGAAUUAAUAACCAACAUCAAGAACCAAUCAACUUAUUAUUAAUUAAUAAAUAUUUCAAUUUAA